GGAAGGAUGCCGAAACAACAAACGCGUUGCCCCGCGGUGUCCUUUACGCGACAGAAAGGUGGCUUUUCACAGAGGAAAGAUGGUGUCCUCCCUCUGCGUCUCAGUGUGGCUCCGGCUUAGUCAGACGGUGGGGUGGUACCGUUCGGAUGGUACCGAGGAGACCACGCUCAUCUUGGCGCAGCCAGCGCUACGCAGAGGAGUCGGUGGGGACGCAUGUGAGGGGAGCACAGUGGGAACUGGAGCGAUGUGUCACCGUUACACAGUGUGGACCCGACCCCUUUACUGCAGGAUCAACCUGAGUGUCCCAGUCCUGAAACGCUUCUUCACCCAGGAGGACACCAGGCCUGAUUUUUGGCUGAGCAGGGAGUCUCUGGCAGUGCUACUUAAUCUUUUGCACCAUGAUAGGCGACAUGGAUGGGGUGCUACUAUUGAGAUCUUGGUUUUUCUAAUCUGGCUGGUAAUUGGCACAUCCUACAGAGUGAUCUGCAGAGUGUUUGGGAUGCCUCGCUCUACUGUCCAUCGCAUCGUCCACAGAGUUACAGAGGAGAUCGUGGCUAUUCGUCACCAGGUCAUCUACCUUCUAAAGACCCCUGAGGACUUGAAGGCAGUGUCCCGUGAGUUUGCAGGGCUGGCACGCCACAGAGCUUUUCUUAAAGCUGUGGGUGCAAUUGACGGCUGCCAUAUCCGCAUCAGGUUCCCAAGCAGCCCCGAUGGUCAGUGCUACAAAAACAGGAAACUCUUCCCUUCCAUAAUCCUGCAAGCAGUUUCUGACCAUCAGAGCCAUUUUAUUGACACGUAUGUGGGCUGGCCUGGGUCAGUGCAUGACUCUAGGGUGGAUUAA